AUGCUUAUAAAGGAGUACAGAAUAUGCAUGCCACUCACAGUUGAUGAGUACCGUAUAGGACAACUAUACAUGAUUGCAAAACACAGCCUAGAGCAGUCAGAGAAAGGAGAAGGGGUUGAGGUUGUCAAGAAUGAAGAAUGCUCAGACCCAGUUCAUGGCCAAGGCAGAUAUACAGAGAAAAGAAUUCACCUCUCAAGUCGUCUGCCAAGUUGGAUUAGUUCUUUGAUACCCAAAGUAUUUUACAUCACCGAGAAGGCCUGGAACUAUUUUCCCUACACAAUUACAGAAUACACAUGUUCAUUUCUGCCGCGGUUCAGUAUUUAUAUAGAGACACGCUAUGAAGAUAAUCCUGGCUCGUCAGAAAAUUCUGUGAAUCUUUGUCUAGAGGAGCUGGAAAAACGAGAAGUGGAUUUUAUUGACAUAGCUUAUGAUCCAUUACCCCCAAAGCUGUAUAAAGAAAGUGAAGAUUUGACAGUCUUCAAAUCUAAGAAGACAGACCGGGGUCCUUUAGAAAAGAAUUGGAAGGAGGUAACAGUUCCAUUGAUGUGUUCGUAUAAAGUUGUCAAAGUGAAAUUUGAAGUUCUUGGACUUCAAGGCAGAGUGGAGUCCUUUGCUCAGAGAUCUGUUCGAGAUAUCUUACUCCUUGGUCACAGACAAGCAUUUGCAUGGAUUGAUGAGUGGAUUGAAAUGAGCAUGGAUGACCUUCGAGAAUAUGAAACAUUAACGAAUGAAGCUACAAACAAGAAAGUCUUACAGUCAUAA